ACAGUGGGAAUACUUGCCUAUUUAGAAAGCCAUGCCUGUCUCGUCAGCAAAUAAAUGGGAUCAAUGAUAAGACUAAUGGAACCGCCCCGCUUCUCAAAGUUCCAAUCAAAUAGGGGCUAUUCCGGAAUACGGGGCCGACAUCGUACAACACCAAAGGUACCUUACCUAGUAUCUAUUCUAACCGCGGAAUAAAGCAGGCGAAAUCUCACUAGGGUUCAUAUUUGACCUACUAGGUAUUGAAAGAUCUCGAAAUAUCCAGAUCUAUCCAGAUAUCUAACUAUGUCUUCUUUCGACGGCAAAGUUAUCGCCAUCACAGGCGCCGCCUCCGGCAUGGGCCUCGCCACGGCACGACUGCUCGCCUCUCGGGGCGCAGUGAUUUCCCUCGCGGAUAUCAACGAGGCCGCCGUGAAAGAGGCGACAGCGUCAUUGUCGAAAAGCGACGAUGCUAGACAGCACAUGUACACCGUAGUGGAUGUACGAGAUAGUAGUUCGGUUGACGCGUGGAUCGACGCGACGGUUCGGAAGUUCGGAAAACUAGACGGAGCCGUCAACAUGGCCGGCAUCAUCAAACACGCCACCCCGGUUGUCGAAUCGACGGACGACGACUGGGACUCCACCUUUGCGGUCAACGUGCGGGGAGUUUUCGCUUGUAUACGGGCCCAAAUCAAGGCGAUGACGGAGGGAGGUAGCAUUGUCUCUGCCGCGAGCGUUUUCGGCCAAGUCGGCGCUCCGGGGAACGCUGCUUACUGCGCCAGCAAGGCGGCCGUGAUCGGACUCACACGAACAGCAGCGAAGGAAAACCAAAAAGUCCGAAUAAAUUGCGUCUCGCCAGGCUCCGUGAGAACGCCUUUAUCGGAAGGGGAGAAUCCGGAAGAUGUGAAACGCAAUCUCCAGCACACGGCACAGAAGCGAAGAGCCGAACCGGACGAGAUAGCACGCGUCAUAGCCUUCUUGUUAAGCGACGAGGCUUCGUUCGUAACCGGGGCAGUCUAUAACGUGGAUGGAGGAUGGGUAUGCUAGCUGUGAUCAGUGAUAUUGGCACAAAGUAAAUGUGAUACAUGAAGCUCCAAUCUGUUAGGUAUGGUUUAAUGGCAGAGCAGUUGCCCCUAUUCCCAAAAAUAGCUACAAUGGUGCUGAUUUAUAGUUUCAUAAGUAACUACCAG